AUGUAUUUUCUUCAAUUGGGGUUCGCGUUUGUUGCCCUCCCAGGACCGGUCGCCAGCCAGUUCUUGACUGCCUUCUACAACCCAAUCAUUCCUGGCUUCCACCCCGACCCAAGUUGCAUCCAUGUCCCGGAAGAAGAUACUUUCUAUUGUGCAUCUUCGACUUUCAAUGUGUUCCCUGGCAUUCCUAUCUAUGCUAGCCAGGAUUUGACAUCUUGGAGACUAGUGGGUCAUGUCUUGAAUCGCGCCAGCCAACUUCCAGAUCUGGCGAUAUCGAACGGGUCGACGAGCGGCAUAUGGGCUCCGACACUGCGACGACACAACGGCACUUUCUAUCUCGUGACCACUUUGGUGCAUGAUAAGCGUCCAGAACAAGAUCCUAGUCGAUGGGAUAACAUUGUAUUCGAAACGAAGGACUUGUGGAAUGAGAGCUCCUGGUCAGAUGCGGUGCAUUUCAAGUUUCAAGGCUAUGAUCCGAGCCCUGUGUGGGAUAAGGAUGGCGAGUCUUACGUUGUUGGGGCACAUGCUUAUCGCGUUGAACCUGGUAUUCAUCUCGCCAAGGUAGAUCUUAAAACUGGUGAAGUCAAAUCUGAUUGGACAAAUGUGUGGAAUGGUACGGGAGGACUUGCGCCGGAAGGACCACAUAUUUAUCAGAAGGAUGGAUACUACUAUCUAUUGGCCGCUGAAGGUGGAACAAGCGAAGACCAUAUGGUCACAAUUGCUCGGUCGAAGAAUCUGUAUGGUCCAUACGACAACGAUCCAUCAAACCCGGUCCUGACCAACGCAAACUCUACCAACUACUUCCAAGCUGUCGGACAUGCCGAUCUUUUCCAAGAUGGCAGGGGAAAUUGGUGGGGAGUCGCGUUAUCCGUUCGCUCUGGGCCUGAAUAUAAGACGUUUCCAAUGGGACGAGAGACGGUAUUGACGAAUGUGACAUGGUCGAAUGGAUCCUGGCCGGUGUUCAAUGGCCCUAUCAAGGGCGCGAUGCGUGGGUGGCAGCUUCCGCGCAUCAUCCAAGAUCUCCCUGGUGACGGACCGUUCGCCCACGAAGGAGAUGAGGAUUUGGAAUUCAGCCCGGGGUCGAAGAUACCUCCACACUUCAUCUACUGGAGACCUCCUAUCAAGGAAAACUACGUCGUCUCACCCAAAGGACAUCCCAACACGCUCCAGCUGAAACCGUCCAAGCUCAACCUGACUGGUCUGGAUGGUAACACUGGAGGACCAGGCGGUCAGACAUUCGUAGGGAGAAGACAAUCCGACACGCUGUUCGACUACAACGUGGACAUUGACUUCCAACCAACUGUUCCAGGAGAAGAGGUCGGUAUCACAUUAUUCCUCAGCCAGAACCACCACGCACGCAUGGGAAUCGCCCUCCUCCCCUCAACUAACAACACCAAACCCUCACUCCAAUUCAGCUUCCACGCCAUAUCCUACAUCCCCGUGCCGUCCUCCCUCACCGUCCCCGUGCCCGACGGCUGGCACAACAGAACCCUAACCCUCUCCCUCGAAACGCUGAACACGACGCACUACUCCUUCAACGCCAACAUCGCAGUGGCGCCAGGGGGCAACGGUGGAAAGCCGCCAAAGCCCAUUCGCAUCGCCACCGUGCCAGGCGAGAUCAUCAGUUGGGGUUUCACGGGGGCGAUCGUGGGCGUGUACGCGACGGCGAACGGCGGGGACGGGACGACGCCGGCGUACGUUUCGAGAUGGAAUUACAGGGGUUGGGGACAGGUGAGGGAUAACUGGGACGGACUGCUGGCCUAG